AUGGUACCAAAGAUUGAGGGACAGGUUCGUGCAGUUCAGGAGGUUCCUCAGAGACAGGUAGUUCCAUAUGCUCCAUCUCCAGCAGCAGAGCAGCUUCCAGCCACAGGCAGAGUGUAUGCAAUGGUUCCUCAUGAUCAUGACACUAGCGGGGCCGUAGUGGAGGGUAUGCUCUCCGUGAACUCCUUUCCAACCCGUAUUCUUUUCGAUUCGAGGGCUUUCCACUCUUUCAUAUCUUAUGUUUUUAUGAUUAGACUUCAACUCGUAGCUCAGCCUCUACAUGUUCCUUUGUCAGUUUCUACCCCACUAGGAGAGAUGUCGCUCUUGGAGAGCAUUUGUGGGAGGUGUAUUAUCAGCUUAGAUGAGUCCAAGUUUGUUGUAGAUCUGAUAGUGUUGAGCAUGUCAAAGUUUGAUGUCAUUCUUGGUAUAGAUUGGCUAUCUUCCUACCACGUUAGUAUAGACUAUUUUGCGAAAAUAGUCAAUUUGUGA